ACACCUACCAUGCUUUAAUGAUCGACCAAUCACCCAAAGUCUCCGGCUGCUGCACACACACACAGCCACAGUAUAGAGACGGAGACAGAGGUGGACGCGGUCUGUUAAUGGAGAGGACUGACCUGCUUAGUGCGCAGUGACAGCGGAGUAAAACAGACAACGCAAAUAGGCAGAAUAAGUUUUGUGUGACGAGCGAUCUCGCAGCGCGGUUUCACUGAACGUCAUCCCGGUCCAUGGAUUCAAGUUGCACAUAGGAGAAGGCUACAAGUUUCCAAUGGACAGAUAUUUGGAGACGGCUGGCGCAACAAGCAUGGGAUUAUUUUUGUAAUGUGGAUUCCAUUGCAGGAAAAUAAAGGUCUGUUGCGGAAAAAUGUGAGACGUCUUGCCUCUUGGAUUCUCGUUUUUCUGGAUAUUUUGAAAAUCAUUGGCAACAGUUGAGAAGUUAUGCGCAAAGGAUUUCUCCGACCACGGGACCAACAUGGAUCUGCCAUUACGACCCCCUGCCCCUUAUUUAGAGAAGUUUGAGCCGGUCCACUUGUGUUGUUGUUGUUGUUUGUACUUGUUGUAAACUUCAUGUUUGAGGACAAAUCGCCACAUUGGCCUGUUGGAUUUUAAAACGUCGCCUGCCUUUUUGGAUUGGAUUGCCAACACAAUGAACUUUAUUGACAGUUUGACACUAUUAUUUUUGACGCUGUCAGCUGUCAAGAGCGCCCACAUACCGAAGGAAACAGAAAGAGGUCCACAUGACGUGAUCCCUUUAAUGGAGGUAUACAACAAGAGUUUGUGUAAGCCUCGGGAGCUGCUGGUGGAGAUUCUGCAGGAGUAUCCAGAGGAGGUGGAGCACAUCUUCAUCCCGUCCUGUGUGGUGUUGACGCGCUGCGCCGGCUGCUGCAACGAUGAGAUGCUGCAGUGCAUGCCAACAUCCAGCUAUAACAUUACAAUGGAGAUUAAAAGAAUAAAACCCCAAAGGCAACAAAAUGAUAUUUUCAUGAGUUUUACAGAACACAGCGCAUGUGAGUGUAGGUUAAAGAAAGAAGUGAAAGAACAGAAAGAAAAAAAACCCCGGAAAGGCAAGGGUAAAGGCCAAAAGAGAAAACGAAAGAAAAACCGCGACAAAACAAUUCACGAUGCUGUCUGUGAGCCAUGUUGUGAACACUGCUCGGAGAGGAGAAAGCGUUUGUUCGUGCAGGAUCCAGCGACCUGCCGGUGCUCCUGCAAACACACAGACGAAUACUGUAAAGAACGCCUGCUAGAGCUCAACGAGAGGACCUGCAAAUGUGACAAGCCGAGGAGAUGAGAGAAGUGGCAGCACCAGAUGUACAAGAUGAAGGAAGAGAUGUAGAGAUAGAGAUAUUUCACAGCACAGCACUUUGACCUUUGAACCGUAAGCUCUUCUUUUCUGUGGAAAGCAUUCCCCUUGGACUGACUGAGAGAGAACACUAAGAAAGACUGAACUGAAGUUUCCUCCCACUGUAUAUCUGUGUGUACAUAGACCAUGAUAGAAAAAAAAAAAAAAAAAAACGAGUACAGAAUUGUUAUGCUGCUACAGAAACAAAUAACCCAUCAUUUGACAAAAAGCAAAUAGCCGCCAUGUGGUUUUGCAUUUCUAACGGGCUUGCGAUGCAGGUGUAGUCAUGUUGUCAAUUCAUUGUAUGCAAUUACUUCACUGGAUAUGAGUCUCUACUGUGGUUGUGUGUCAAUCAUGAAAUUGCAAAACCUCUCAAUCUAAGAUAUAUUUAACUGCUAAAACAGCGGGUGAGGCUGAAGAGGACAUGGGAGCGCACUCAAAAAUGAUGGAUGGAUUUUCGUCGGACAAUGUCUGCUUUUACUUUUGGAGUAGAAGGCAGCAAGACGAACAGGACAGACGAAUCUGUCUCUACAUGAUAUCGCCUCCUUUCCUUUGAGGACAUUGCAGGACUGACAUGGACUAACACAAAUUCAUUGUUGUGAUCAGCUUGCAGGAGAAGAGACUCCAGAGUGCCAUAUAUUUUUAAAGGGAUACUGGUUAUCAAUAUAGCAUCUAAUGUUUUUGCUAUGUCCUACAUGAAAACCACUGAAAACAUCCUAUACUGUAGUUUGAUUCCAUUUGAAAAACUGUGCCUCACGAAAUGUACUGAGAAAUCUUUCGAGUGCUUUUUAAAUUAUUUUUUGUUUCCUUUUUUCUUCAGGAGAGGGGAUUGUCAACGUAGUUUUGUUAGUUGUUGAACUCAAUACAGAAUCCAUUGAUUACAUAUCUUCUUCUCUGAACUUGUACAAACUUAAUAUCCCUGUAUGCCAUAGACCAUUCUAGAUAAUUUAUAAUGUUAUAGAGUAUUUUCAGUAUUCAGUCUUCUUCCCAUAUUUAAUUUGGUCUAUUUAUAUAUGCAGUGUUAUGUACCUGUGACUGUCCUAUCUUCCCCCGUGUGGAAUGUCACUGAUGGCUAAUCUCAGCAUGGAGACUUUCUGUGCUUUUCUACGAAAAAUACAAAAAAAACAACAAAAAAAUCAAAAGUGAUUUGUUAACAUUCCCUAAAUGGAUCAUUUGUACUUGUGUACUCAUGACAUCUCUGGAUUUUUCAACGUGAUCUCACAGAAAUUCGUGAAAUGACCACAACCUCUGAAAACCGCAAUACAUGGUGUCAUUGGUGGGUUUAAGUACCAAAAGUGUGUGGUUUAGAAAAAGAUUUUGUUUUGGGAUAAAAAAUAACUGCAUUUAUUACUAUUGAGACAGCAGUUGGGUUAAGGCACCAAAACUAUUAGGUUAUGUGUAGGAAAGAAAAAGUUUUUUUCGGUUAAAAUAACUAGGUUUGUUUCAUACAGAAAGGCAUGGUUGGAUUUUUCUUGCUCUUUAAUCCACCUAUGGGGUCGUUACAUUAACCACCACCUUUUGCAUGACAUCUUUGAACGAGGAAUUAAUGUGAUCUCCACAACAAAGGACCCUAUUGUACUUAACAUUGGCACCAUUUCCGUGGUGCACAUAAUUUUUACAUAACAUUACGUGCUGCCACCACCAUGUAAUGCGAUGUUCAGAGUAUGUGGUCAUUUUGCACAUUUCUGUGAGACCAAGUUGAAUUUUUCAGCCCCUCUUAUCUAAGGAUGUGGGUGCUGUGUAGGAUUUUAACAUGUGUGUAUCUGUGUGUUUGUGUACGUGUGUGUAUGAUUGUGUGUUCAGGUGCAUUUACCGAUGCGCACAUCUGUGUUUAGGUGUUAGUAAGUUGUAUUUAAGUAUUUAAGUAGCGGGCCUGUGUUUUCCGUCCUGCAAGAUGCAACUACAAAUGAACUACUGCUAGCAGCUGAGCGUACACCACCACGACACCACCACCGUUUUAAAUCUGAAUAACGAUCUGCAUCCUUUCUGCCAUCAGUCUUAGAGUCCUCAUUAUUAGUGCUCUUUGUCUCUUCUUCACUAUUAACAUGUUUUCUGUGUCUAUGUAAAACAGUAAAGCAUAUUUAUUUUCAGAUUAUAU